AUGAGAACUCUGCGUAUCGACUGCCCUAGCAAUCCUCGCACGGUUAAUCAAUUGCUCUACGCCCCACUCUGCCGACAUCCCACUAUGAUAUCCAUUGAGGUUAAGGUCAACGGGACUGAGGAGGAGGCCCGAGUCCAAAUCGGCAUCUGGCUGAGUGCAUGGCACGAGCGGGAAAUUCUGCAGUUCACAGAAAGCAUAGGCGAUACUUGGUCGCUUGUGAAGGUUUACCGGAUCCUUGCUGUGCUACGGCGUUUAGGCGAGUGGGGAUUGGAAACGUUCGAGCCUUGGUUUAAGGCGACGUUUCUCGACCUUGAAGGGUCAUGACUGCUGGCUUUUGAGUCUGUAACUCUUUGUACAUUAAUCUCGUGCCUAGCGUGAAAAGUAGGCGUCACACAGUCUUAAACUAUUGGUAAAC